AUGUCCGAUGGUUCCAUUAGCUCUGAUCCAGAGACUGUACUUAGUAAGUGGGGCUCUGAUUUUGAAGUCCUUCUAAACUCGAAGAACACUGCAUCAAAUGACUUUGACAAUGACCAGGCUUCUGUUGAUUUAGAUCAGUUUAAUGUUAAUAGUGUUGAUGAAAUAGAGAAUGAACACUUUGAUAGCAUGAUAAUUAUUGAUGAGGUAUUGAAAUGUAUUUUACAUGCAAAGUCUGAUUUCAGGAAGGCGUAUGACCUUAUAGACCGUACAUCACUGUGGCAAAAGUUGCACCAGCAGGUGGGGAUAGGGGGCAGACUGUUUCAGGCAAUUUCAUCAUUAUAUAAAGAUGUUAAGUGCUGUACACGCUUAAAUGGAUUUGAUACACCCUGGUUUGAUGUAAAAUGUGGAUUGAAACAAGGCUGCCCCCUGUCUCCAAUGCUGUUUAACUUGUAUAUUAAUGAUUUAGUAAUGUAUAUGAAUAAUUUAGACAAAGGUGAAAGAAAAAUAUGUAUUUUGCUAUAUGCUGAUGACAUAGUUUUGUUGGCAGAAAACGCCAAAGAUCUUCAAUCCAUGUUAGAUGCUUUAGCUUUAUGGUGUUGUCAAAAUAAAAUGACUGUCAAUUGUGAUAAAUCCAAUAUUGUUCACUUUAGAGCCAACAGUAUUUCUAAAACUGAACAUGUUUUUGAAUUCAAUUCAGAAAAACUGAAAAUUGUUCAUAGUUAUAAGUAUCUUGGUGUCGUACUAAAUGAAUUUUUGGAUUAUAAUGAAAUUGCAAAGACAGUUGCAAUAUCUGCCUCUAGAGCACUUGGUCUUGUUAUAUCCAAAAGUAAGGCAUUUGGUGGUUUUCAGUACUCUACAUUUACAAAACUUUAUGAUUCAAUGGUAUGGCCCAUAAUUAAUUACAGUGCCCCGAUUUGGGGUGAUAAAUCUUAUUCGUGCAUUAAUGCAGUUCAUCAUAGGGCAAUGCGUUACUACUUGGGUGUUGGGAGAUACACUCCGAAUGUGGCUGUAAGUGGAGAGAUGGGUUGGAAACCACCAGUUGUUAGACAGUGGGUGUCUGUAUUUAGACAGUAUUUUAGAGUUAUGAAUAUGGAUGAUAAUAGAAUUAAUAAGUCUGUAUAUAUGUGGUCUAAAGCAAGUAAUGUCAAGAAUGGUUUUUACCGACUUAAGAAACUUUUAAAAGAUAUUGAUAGUAAUCACAUACUAGAGGCUAAUAUCAGAAAUUCCAAACCUACCAUAUCAAUGCUAGAAUCUAAACUUAUGGAAAUAGAAACAAAUAAAUGGAAGUUAUUACUUGAGAGAGAAAAUGCCAUUAGAGGAAAUGGCGGGAAUAAAUUAAGGACUUACAGGAAGUUUAAAUCUCAGUUCUGCACUGAAAAGUACCUUAUGUCUAAGUUGCCAUUUAUGUAUAGAUCAGCCUUUACAAAAUUAAGAUGUGGUGUAGCACCACUAAGAAUAGAAACAGGUCGUUAUGAAAAUAUUGAUGUAAUGAAUAGAAAAUGCUUUAACUGUCCGGACACUAUAGAAGAUGAGAAACAUGUAUUACUUUACUGUCCAUUAUAUAAUGAUAUAAGGAAAGAGUUGGUCUCUGCGUUAGAUGAUGUAUUAAGAAAUAGAUAUAUUAUAUCUGAUGAUAACAAAAUGGUUACAAUUUUUGGUAGUGAAAACCUAAUAUAUUUAUCUGCCAAAGCCUGCCACCAUAUUCUGUUUGAGAGAAAAAAGAAAACUGUACUGUAA